AAUCAUGACUCCUUAAAUACCACAAUCAUAUUUUUUCUCUUUCUCUCUUUUUCUUUUUCUUUAUUAGUAUGCCAAAACAAGCUAUUGCAGAAGCCAAACUUCGCAAAUUACUAGAACUGAAUGAAAAAUUAAAAGAACAGCUUGAAAUUUCACGUAUUCCAGUAUCAGAAGCAAGUCGAUCCAUGAUUGAAUAUUGUCAAUCCACACAAGAUUUUAUGGUCCCUUCUGUCUGGGGAAAUCGAAGUCCUGAUCCAUUUGCAGAACCAACAGCUGGAUGUGGUUGUAUUGUCAUGUAAAAAUAAAUGCCCUUUUAUUAUUAUUAUUAUUA